AUAGACAGAAAGAUAGCCGAGAAAGAAGAGAGAGAUAAAGCGAAGGAAAGUGCGAGAAAAUAAUAAGGUGGGAAAGAAAAUCAAAAGAGUUGCUGAGAGGUUUGGUUUGGUUUUGCUCUGAUCCCCAGUCUUCUUCUUCCAGCCAUUGUUGAGCCUUUAGCUCCUCUGCAACGGCAUUCUCUCAUUCAUUUUCCCCUACGGUUACGGUUUUCUCCUUUGAAGUCCGUACAUUUAGAGCGAGAGAGAGAGAGAGAGAGCGGAGCUAAAACGACUCGUGCAUUGUGGUGAUUUGGGCUGACAUUUUGGAUUUAAAUCUGUGGAUUCUGUGUUAUGGUCACAUUGCAAGGUGGUUGUUGUUGUUGUUGAGCGAAUUUAGGGUUUGUUAGCUCAGCCUCGGCCUCAGAUCUCAAAAUGGUUGCUCAAUCCAAUUUAGCGAUUGGAUCCCAUGUUUGGGUGGAGGAUCCUGAGGCAACUUGGAUAGAUGGUGAAGUUGAGGAAGUUAAUAAUGAAGAUAUAAAAAUAAACUGUACAUCGGGGAGGACAGUUGUGGUUAAAGCAUCCAAUGUCUAUCCAAAGGAUCCUGAAUUUCCUUCAUGUGGUGUUGAUGACAUGACAAGGCUGGCUUAUCUGCACGAACCAGGGGUUCUGCAGAACUUAAGAUGUCGUUAUGAUAUAAAUGAAAUAUAUACUUACACAGGAAAUAUAUUGAUAGCUGUGAACCCUUUUAGAAGGCUACCUCAUUUAUAUGAUAAUCAUAUGAUGGAACAGUAUAAGGGGGCUGCUAUAGGUGAGCUGAGCCCACAUCCUUUUGCUAUUGCUGAUGCUGCAUACAGAUUGAUGAUUAAUGAGGGAAUUAGCCAAUCAAUUUUGGUUAGUGGGGAAAGUGGAGCUGGUAAAACAGAAAGUACAAAAAUGCUUAUGCGUUAUCUUGCCUACAUGGGAGGGAAAGCUGCAGCCGAUGGCCGACGGUCUGUGGAGCAGCAAGUCCUAGAGUCCAACCCUGUUCUAGAAGCAUUUGGUAAUGCAAAGACAGUCAGAAACAAUAAUUCAAGCCGUUUUGGUAAGUUUGUGGAGAUUCAGUUCAAUGAAAGGGGGAAAAUUUCUGGAGCUGCCAUCAGAACUUAUUUACUAGAACGAUCCCGUGUUUGUCAAGUUUCUGACCCUGAACGAAAUUAUCAUUGCUUUUAUAUGCUUUGUGCUGCACCUCAAGAGGAUGUUGAGAAGUACAAAUUGGGUAACCCAAGAACUUUCCAUUAUUUAAAUCAAUCAAAUUGCUAUGAGCUGGAUGGAGUGGAUGAUUCUAAGGAGUACCUUGCAACUAGAAGAGCUAUGGAUGGUGUUGGGAUCAGUUCUGAUGAGCAGGAUGCAAUAUUCCGAGUAGUUUCUGCAAUACUCCAUUUGGGCAAUGUUGAGUUUGCAAAGGGGAAAGAAAUAGAUUCUUCUGAACCCAAAGAUGACAGAUCUCGGUUCCAUCUUGCAACGGCAGCUGAACUUUUCAUGUGUGAUGAGAAGUUUCUUGAAGACUCAUUAUGCAAACGUGAGAUUGUGACACGGGAUGAGACCAUAACAAAGUGGAUCGAUCCAGAGUCUGCAGCUCUCAGUAGGGAUGCUUUGGCAAAAACUGUUUAUUCAAGGUUAUUUGAUUGGCUUGUGAACAAGAUCAAUAAUUCUAUUGGUCAAGAUCCUCAUUCAAAGAAGUUGAUCGGGGUUCUUGAUAUUUAUGGAUUUGAGAGUUUCAAGACAAACAGCUUUGAGCAAUUUUGUAUCAAUUUGACAAAUGAAAAACUGCAGCAACAUUUCAACCAGCAUGUUUUCAAAAUGGAGCAGGAAGAGUAUACAAAAGAAGAAAUUGACUGGAGUUAUAUAGAUUUCAUUGAUAACCAGGAUGUUCUUGAUCUCCUGGAAAAGAAACCAGGUGGCAUCAUUGCUCUUCUGGAUGAGGCUUGUAUGUUUCCAAGAUCAACAAAUGAGACAUUUGCACAAAAACUCUACCAAUCUUUUAAAGACCAUAAACGCUUUAGCAAGCCAAAGUUGUCACGUAACGAUUUCACCAUUUGCCAUUAUGCUGGCGAUGUCACUUAUCAAACUGAACUCUUCCUGGAGAAGAAUAAAGAUUAUGUUGUUGCAGAGCAUCAAGCACUCCUGAGCGCUUCCAAGUGCCCAUUUGUUUCAGGCUUGUACCCACCUCUAGCUGAAGAAUCUUCCAAAUCAUCAAAGUUUUCAUCAAUAGGUUCUCGGUUUAAGCAACAAUUGCAAGCUUUGCUAGAGACACUGAGUGCCACUGAGCCACACUACAUUCGUUGUGUAAAGCCAAAUAACCUUCUCAAGCCAGCCAUAUUUGAGAAUAAUAACAUUUUACAGCAACUUCGCUGUGGGGGAGUCAUGGAGGCAAUUAGGAUCAGUUGUGCUGGAUAUCCCACCAGAAAGACUUUUGAUGAUUUUCUAUGUCGUUUUGGCAUCCUGGCACCUGAUGUUUUGAAUGGAAGCUAUGAUGAGGUCACUGCUUGCAAGAGGCUUCUUGAGAAGGUGAACCUUAAAGGCUAUCAGAUUGGCAAAACGAAAGUGUUUCUUAGAGCAGGUCAGAUGGCAGAGCUAGAUGGUUGUAGAAGUGAGGUCCUAGGAAGAUCAGCAAGCAUUAUCCAAAGAAGAGUUCGCUCAUAUUUGGGUCGUAAAACUUUCAUCUUGUUACGGCUGUCUGCCAUACAAAUACAAGCCUUGUGUAGAGGACAAGUUGCCCGCCAUUGUUAUGACAACAUGAGAAGGGAAGCUGCUUCUAUGAGAAUCCAGAAACAUUGUCGCUUGUAUCUUGCUAGGAAUGCUUAUAAAAAUUUGUGCUCUUCAGCCGUUUCUCUACAGAGUGGUGUGCGUGGGAUGGCUGCUCGUAAUGAGCUUAAGUUCAAGAAGCAGACAAGAGCUGCCAUUAUUAUCCAGAGUCAAUGCCGAAGAUACUUGGCCCGUCUUCAUUAUUUAAGGAUAAAGAAAGCAGCCGUAGCCACACAAUGUGCCUGGAGAGCAAAGGUUGCACGUAGAGAGUUACGGAAACUUAAAAUGGCUGCUAAGGAGACUGGUGCUCUUCAAGCUGCCAAAAAUAAGCUAGAAAAGCAAGUUGAAGAACUGACCUGGCGUCUGCAAUUGGAGAAGAGAAUGAGGGCUGACCUUGAAGAAGCCAAAACACAGGAAAACACAAAACUGCAGUUUGCUCUGGAAGAGAUACAACUUCAAUUUCAAGAAGCUAAAACACUGCUUAUUGAGGAACUCGAGGCUGCCAAGAAAGCAGCUGAACAAGCUCCAAUUGUACAGGAGGUUCCAGUUAUUGAUCAUGAAAUAGUUAAUAAACUUACUGCUGAAAAUGAACAGCUCAAGGCUCUGGUAAAUUCUCUGGAAAAGAAAAUUGAUGAAACAGAGAGGAAAUAUGAGGAAACAAAUAAGAUUAGUGAAGAGCGGUUGAAGCAAGCUUUGGAUGCAGAGUCAAAGAUAAUUGAAUUGAAGUCGUCCAUGCAAAGGCUUGAAGAAAAACUUUCUGACAUGGAAACUGAGGACCAGGUUCUGCGUCAUCAAGCAUUGUCAAAUUCACCUGUUAGAAAAAUGUCAGAACAUCUAGCAAUUCCAACACCUCUGGAAAAUGGGCAUCAUGAACCACAGAGUGCUGCGCCAGCAAAAAAGUUGGGUACUGAGUCCUUCAGGAAAUCCCAAAUUGAAAGGCAGCAUGAGAGUGUAGAUGCUCUUAUAAAAUGUGUGACACAAGAUCUUGGGUUUAGUGAAGGAAAACCGGUUGGAGCAUUUACCAUUUACAAAUGUCUUCUUCACUGGAGAUCAUUUGAAGCAGAAAGAACAAGUGUAUUUGAUCGCCUAAUUCAGUUAAUUGGUUCUGCAAUAGAGAGCCAGGAUAACAAUGAUCAUAUGGCUUAUUGGCUAACCAACACAUCUACAUUAUUGUUCUUGCUCCAACGGAGUUUAAAAGCCAGCAGUGGAACUGCAGCACGGAAGCCUCCCACCCCGACAUCAUUAUUUGGGAGAAUGACCCAAGGUUUCCGUUCUUCUUCUGCCAAUCUUUCUGUUGGUCCAAUUGACAUAGUACGCCAUGUUGAGGCCAAGUAUCCAGCUUUGCUGUUUAAGGAGCAGCUUGUAGCAUAUGUGGAAAAGAUGUAUGGAAUCAUUCGAGACAAUGUCAAGAAGGACUUGUCACCACUGCUUUCUUCUUGUAUCCAGGCACCCAGAAUGUCAAGAGGAAGUGUUUUAAAAUCAUCUGGACGGUCUAAUAGCAAUAGUCCUCAAGCUAGUCCUUGGCACCUCAUCAUUGAUAGCCUUAAUAGGCUUCUUUGUACAUUAAAAGAAAAUUUUGUUCCUCCAGUUUUUGUUCAGAAGAUAUUCAGUCAAAUUUUCUCAUAUAUUAAUGUACAGCUCUUUAAUAGCCUUCUCCUUCGUCGAGAGUGCUGCACGUUCAGCAACGGGGAAUACGUGAAGUCUGGGUUGGCUGAGUUAGAACUAUGGUGUGGCCAAGCAACUGAAGAGUAUGCUGGUUCAUCAUGGGAUGAACUCAAACACGUAAGGCAGGCAGUUGGAUUCUUGGUUAUACACCAGAAGUCAAGAAUUUCCUAUGAUGAAAUUAAAAAUGACCUCUGCCCUAUCCUGAGUGUUCAGCAGCUUUAUAGAAUUUGUACGCUAUACUGGGAUGACAAUUACAACACUAGAAGUGUAUCACAAGAUGUCAUCUCCAGCAUGAGGAUUCUAAUGACGGAGGACUCUGACAAUGAUGAUGGCAACUCAUUCUUAUUGGAUGAUAAUUCCAGCAUUCCUUUCUCAGUUGAUGACGUUUCUGGUUCCCUCCAAGAGAAGCAUUUUACUGAUGUAAAGCCUCCUGCAUGUCUUCUUGAGAAUCCAGCCUUCCAAUUUUUACAGGAUUAAGGCCUUGGUUCUUUUGGCAUUGUUCUCUUGGUGCAUCAAAUUUUGUCAAAGAUUCAAGCGAAACUUCAACUGAGUCAAAUGUCACACUGUAAAUCCACUCCAAUUUUUUUUCCCCUCCAUGGGUUACCACCCCCCCAUUUUUUUUUCCUUUGUAACAUCCACUGCCCCGGAUGUAAAAUUAUUCUUUAAGUUAGAAUUGUAAAAUUAAUUAGGCUGGUUCAGAUAGUUAAAAGGGUUAGGGAUAGAUUUUAGCGCUUCGAGUGUAUUUUGUACUUUAUUUUCAGUUUUUAUAUUUUCUUGGUAAUGGGUCACUUGGGGCCAGCAUUCUUUCUAGGGGUAGGAGGGAAGAAUAUUAUCAGUUGUGAGGUGCGAGGAGGUGUCUCAAUAAUCAAGCCUGCUACUCCCGUCCCCCACGUUUUAUUGUACAAAGUAACAGAAUAUGAAGAUAUAUAGUGUAAUUGUUUUCUAGUGGAUUGAUGUCAUUAUGACUUCCAUUCUUCAUUUGAAUGAAAAAGAAUUGUUUCGUAA